AACCGCCCAAAGACAAAAGCUUGUUAGAGGGAGAAAAUCAAAGUUUUCAUUUUUUUGUUUUUUUGGGAAGGCAAGUAGAAGAAUAAUUAAUUAUAUUAUUUAUUAUAAAACCAGCCUAAUUAAAGAGAAAAGAAAUGAAGCUGAUGGUGAUAAGGUGAAAAAAACCUUCCCAUCUCUCUAGACUUCUUCUAGAGAAAAGAGAAGAAGAGAGACAAAAGUCAGAGAAGCAAGAGAAGAGAGACUGCUUUUGGUGGCUUCAAAAACCAUUAUCAGGUUUAUACAUAGAGAGAGAAAGAGGAAGUGGGUUUGUGUUUGAUUUUGGAUUCUGGAAAUGGAGACUCCGCCAGCAGAGGAGCUUUUGAGGAAGAUCCAGGAGCUGGAAGCAGGGCAAGCACACCUUAAACAGGAGAUGUCUAAGCUUAAGCUCACUAGCGAUCCGAAAUCGGAGCAGCACUUGCAGCAUCGCCAGCAGCAGUCGCACCAACGCUCCCAUUCCAUAUCGCCACAAAAGACGGGACCUAGGGGGAGGGGCGGCGGUGGUGGGGUGGGGCCGGGUUUCGAGGCUGUUGCAGCUUGGAAGAAGGGUUCGACUUCGUUUAGGCAUUCGUCCCCGUUGCAGAGAGAAAGCCGGAGUACGAAUAGGACUAAUGCCGCUAAAGAAGGAGCAAAUUGCGGGCCAUCGGCUGUCAAGUUUACCGAUAAGCAGUAUUUGAAUAUAUUGCAGUCUAUGGGGCAAUCUGUUCAUAUUUUUGAUCUUAGUGGCCGUAUCAUUUAUUGGAACCGAUCUGCUGAAAUCCUUUAUGGCUAUUCUGCGGCAGAGGCUCUUGGUCAGGAUGCCAUUGAGCUGCUUGCAGAUCCUCGGGAUUUUUCAGUGGCAAAUGAUAUAGUGAAUCGUGUCACAAUGGGAGAGAGCUGGACGGGGCAGUUUCCAGUCAAGAACAAGAUGGGAGAGAGGUUUACAGCUGUUGCAACUAAUACUCCAUUCUUUGGUGACGAUGGUACUUUGGUUGGGAUUAUCUGUGUAUCGAGUGAUUCAAGGCCGUUUCAAGAAAUGAGGGUUGCAAUGGCAGAUUCGAAGAAUUCGGAAGAAGAUUCAAGCUUUAGUCGGCCUAGAAGUACGGUUGCAGCAAAACUUGGUCUUGAUUCUCAACAGCCUCUGCAAGCAGCAAUUGCAUCUAAGAUAUCAAAUUUGGCAUCCAAGGUGAGCAACAAAGUGAAGUCAAAAUUGCGGACAGAAAAUAACAGCGUGGAUCGUGAAUGUGGGAGCGGUGAUAGUCAUCAAUCUGACCAUGGCUUCUCAGAUGCAGCACUCUCUGACCAUAGGGAGGAUGCAAAUUCUAGUGGAGCUAGCACACCCAGAGGAGAUAUGCAUCCGUCCCAUUUUGGUACAUUUUCUCAGGUCGAGGACAGGUCUCCAACGAAACCCUCCAGAGAUUCUGGUGAUGAGGGCGAAGGAAAACCUGCAAUUCACAAGAUUAUUACCUCAAAAGCUGAGGCUUGGAUGGGCAAGAAAGGUUUAUCAUGGCCCUGGAAAGGGAAUGAAAGGGAAGGCUCAGAUACAAGGACCCGUUUUAUGUGGCCCUGGUUGCAAAAUGAUCAAGAGAGUGAAACAGUUCAUCUGAGGAGUCCCACCUCAGGUGCAAAACCUGAAAGCCAGGCAAAUGAGGGUAAUCGACCUACCUAUAAUGAGGCUUCUGGUUCCUGGUCCUCUGUUAACGUUAACAGCACCAGCAGUGCCAGCAGCUGUGGAAGUACCAGCAGUAGUGCUAUUAAUAAGGUGGACAUGGACACUGACUGUUUAGAUUACGAAAUAUUGUGGGAAGACUUGAUAAUUGGAGAACAAAUUGGGCAAGGUUCUUGCGGGACUGUAUAUCAUGCCCUGUGGUAUGGAUCAGAUGUUGCUGUUAAGGUAUUCUCCAAGCAAGAAUAUUCAGAAGAUGUUAUACUUUCAUUUAGACAAGAGGUGUCUCUUAUGAAAAGACUUCGACAUCCAAAUAUAUUGCUUUUCAUGGGUGCUGUCACUUCGUGUCAGCGUCUCUGCAUUGUUACAGAGUUCCUUCCACGUGGAAGUUUGUUUCGCUUACUCCAGAGGAACACAACCAAACUGGAUUGGAGGCGACGUGUCCAUAUGGCGUCAGAUAUAGCACGGGGUAUGAAUUAUCUUCAUCAUUGCAAUCCACCCAUCAUUCAUCGUGAUUUGAAGUCUUCAAAUCUUCUGGUUGAUAAGAACUGGACUGUUAAGGUUGGUGAUUUUGGUCUAUCACGUCUAAAGCAUGAAACUUACCUGACAACUAUGACUGGGAAGGGAACGCCUCAAUGGAUGGCGCCAGAAGUUCUACGUAAUGAACCCUCCGAUGAAAAGUCCGAUGUAUACAGCUUUGGAGUGAUACUAUGGGAACUUGCAACUGAGAAGAUUCCCUGGGAUAAUCUCAACUCGAUGCAGGUGAUUGGAGCUGUAGGGUUCAUGAAUCAGCGGUUAGAGAUCCCCAAAGAUGUGGAUCCACAGUGGGCUUCUAUAAUUGAGAGUUGCUGGCACAGUGAUCCUCAGUGCCGUCCAACAUUCCAAGAACUGCUGGAAAAACUUAGAGAUAUGCAAAGACAAUACACCAUUCAAUUUCAGGCAGCCCGUUCUGCAGCUGGAGACAACACACAAAAGGAAUUAUAGAUCAAAAAUCAUUUGUUUCUGAUUUUGUUUCGUCAACAUGGCCACAGAAAGCAACAGCAAUUUCUUUUGCUGGCAAUCACCAGUAAGAAACUGGUUACCACAAUUGCCCACAGAUUGCCUCACAGCAGGCAGACGAGGGAAGGGAGAAAGAAAAUGUAGUAGUUGGCAUACAUGUGAUCUGCCUAAUUUUAAUGGUGAGUGGUUGGUUUUGAUGUUUGUUUAAUUACCGACCAUUAAAAUAUUCCAAAUCUAUAAUCGGUGGUGCUGUGUGAUUGGAGUUAUGCUAGUUGGGUUCAUGUAACCGGUAGUGAUUUUUGUGAGGGGAUGCGUAGGACCACUUUGAAAAGUUGUACAGAACACAUUUUUCCAUUGAUAAACUAGAUUGAGAUAAAUAUCUUAAAGACAGUUGUUUGUUGGA